GGUUGCCAGCUGAUUUGGAUAAACCCCAAGAUGUUUGAUUCAGUGGAUGGCUUCACACUGCAGGGGCUGAAAAAGCAACCAAAACCAAACCAUAUGGUCAACAGAACCUAUUUCAAAUAUGACGAUUAUGCCGAUGGGGAAUUUGACGCUAGGGCUUUUUCCGGAGCAUUGCCCAGAAAGAACGCACAAGCUACGGCCGCGAUCAGAAACGGGCGCCACGGAAAACCCAUUUUUGAAGAAGGAGCGGCCAAAACGACGUCGUCCUCUCCGCCCUCCUUUCUGAGCUCGCACUUACAGUCACAGCUCCGGUUCAAGAAAACCCUUCUUGGGACGAAGCGCACACCUGCAACACAAGCAAGAAGAAAACCAUUUUACAGGAGGAAGAAAAGGCCCAAUCUUGCUGAGUUUUUUGAAGAUUUUAAGCGAAAAUUUGAGAACGAAAUGAAAAUUGACCUCUGCAAAAAUCGGAGCGCGUAA